UUUCAGGUUGGCUGUUUCCCUAGCUCCCUUAGUAAAAGGGGAGGUAUAUGGCAAAUACUUGACAGAAAAUGGAAUGUAGGUCUGCACUGGAAAUAGCUAAAUAGGAGAACUUGACCUUUUAUCGGGACACAGAAAGUCGACCAGCUGAUGAUUCCAAACUAGCUGCCAUUUUCAGGUCAUUCGAGGCAUCUCGCUAAAUUGUGUGUUGCUCCAGAUAUUUGUAUGAGUAAGCCUGCUUUAUUCGCCUGUUAAUUUCCCUUUGUAAUGGACAAAACGCUUUGUCCUGUGCUGUCUAGUGGUGGAAUAUAAAUCAUGAUGGCUGAUGGAUGUUGCAAAGGAAUGGAAAGAGGCAGGGGUAAGAUUGCAUCAGACUCUUUACCAAGACAUACAUUUCCUCAGCAAUAUGUUCAGACCUGGUCACAGCAGCAAGGAAAUGACAUCCAAGAAUUAGCUUCAAAACGCGUCGACAUCCAGAAGAAACGCUUUUAUCUGGAUGUCAAGCAGAGUGUACGCGGCCGUUUCCUUAAAAUAGCCGAGGUGUGGAUAGGAAGGGGCCGUCAUGAUAACAUCAGAAAGAGCAAGCUGACACUGUCUAUGUCGAUGGCUCCCGCUCUACGCUACUGUCUGGGAGACUUUAUAGAUUAUUACGCCCGCAUUGGACUGCGGGGGGGGCUGGCGCCUCCGCAGGUCGAGGACCACAGUAACAAUGGCCAGGGCCGCGGGAACGACUCCCGUAAGAGAGCGCAGGAGCAUCACGCGAACUUGUCCCCCACCGGUUCUGUUGUGUCCGAUGACCAUGCACACCGUGUUCUCAAGAGCGAAUUUAUUGAGCGAGACAACAGAAAGUACUUUCUGGACCUGAAGGAGAACCAGAGAGGCAGAUUCCUCCGCAUACGGCAGACUGUCAGCAAAGGACACGGCACAAUGGGCUACUACGGCCAGGGCAUCGAGCAGACCAUAGUGUUACCCGCACAGGGACUGAUUGAGUUCAGAGACGCUCUGUCACAGCUGAUUGAAGACUACGGGGACGAAGAGAGCGAAGACCGCAGCCGAGCAGGCUCCAGGAAUCGCAACGAUAACCCCGAGCUUCCAGAGGCUGCGUCUUUUCGAGUGGACAACAAAAGGUUUUACUUUGAUGUGGGUUCAAACCGGUAUGGUAUCUUUUUAAAAAUUAGCGAAGUGCGACAGCCGUAUAGAAACACCAUCACAGUUCCCCUAAAAGCCUGGGCUAGAUUCGGAGAGAAUUUCAUCAGGUACGAGGAGGAGAUGCGACGAAUCUUUUCUUGCCACAAAGAUAAGAGGACAGAUGGCCAGCAAGACAGUGAGGAACAGGAGGACUGACCUUCAUGGUGCUUUUAGCAUGUAGCCUAAUUUAGGGAUUCAGUUUUGUCCAGAUGUGACAAUAAUAUGAUGUACUGUAUGUGCCCCUACCAUACUACUCAGAUACCAUGUACUUCAUUAACUUUUCAGUUUAUUUGCCAAGGGCUGAUAAACUCAAAAAUUUUUACAUGCCAAGAAGUCAGUCAUCAUUUUCUCAUUGCUGAUUAAUGUGUUUUAGCCAGUUAGUCAGGGCCAUCCCAGGGUCCUGAGCCAGCUGCAUCCCUACGCUCCCCCAUACAUGCUCAUACCUCCCAGUUAAAUUCAAGAGUGCAGUGUUCAAUUACUUAAACUUUAAUUCUAAGUUACAUAGAAAGUUGACGCUAAUCAUAUCUGUUAAUAUUUUACCCACAAAGCAAUAUGGUUAACAGUUUUAUGGCACACUGUGCAGAAAUUUUGUCAGUUUAAAUUUGUUCAGUAUAGUAUGUUUUUGUGAUAGGUACAAUUUAAGAAAUGAUAUAGAAAGAAAAAAUCUUACCCUUUUAUUAAUGAAGAAAAUACCUCAUAUAUUGGAACUUACUGUAAGUGCAAUACACACAAGCAGCAUUAUAGAACACUUGCAACCCAACUGGACAAGUGGAGAAGAAAUUAAGUUACUGGAAUCAGAAUUGGAAAUGGGAAAUGAGUGUUGUAACAUAUUAAUGCUGCCAGUUAAGACUUGGUGGCAGGGGAGAAAAAUAAGACACAUAUUGUGACAUUAAUCACAUACUGCUGGUGUGUGUUGCCUUUUCACUGGUCCAGCCGGAAGUUUUUCAUUCAUGUUAACAGUUCCAGUUUAUGUUGCCUCAUAUGAGACACAUAAGACAUUGCUUUAAAUGUCCAUGAUAAUGCUGGCAAAAAUGAAUUUAGUGACAGCUUUUCCUGCAGUGCAGUACUUUAGGCCAAUCAAAUCUGUGCAAAUGACCAGACUAGAGCACCCUGAAAUGUAUAAAAUGUAGCACUGUGCUAAUUUGCUGCUUACUUCGGCAGCAUAACGAUGGGGGGAGACAUGUUGUGCUGUAGAAGCCUGCUUUAAAUUACAAGGACACAAAGCACUGCAUGAUGUUCUGGUUUUUGAUAAGACUCUACCCUGCAGUUGUACUGUGUGUUGCAUUCACAAAAAUGGGGGAGGUAAAAUGAAUUAAAAAAAACUUUAUAGGUACUGCAAUCCAAGUCCAGUAAUUCUAUCCAACACAAGCACUUAAACCUGAUUUAGACUUCUGUGGGAAAUCUGCGUUGCAACACUUGAAAAAGAACAGGCUUGUAGAAUUUGCUGACAGAAUAGAUCACUUGAUGACUUAAUAUAAUUACCUUAAAAAUGGUUAAUAAAACUAGAAAACAACUAUAUAUGUAGCGGUCCAUUCAGGAACCCUAAAAUACAGCUCAACAGAAGAAUAAAAAACUGACUGCUAUCUGGAAAGACACACAGAUCUAAUGUCACAUUUCUAGAGAGUAACUGUGUUACUGGAGUUACAUUAUUUAUUUUAUAUGAUACUAAUAUCCUAAUACUUAAAUUUACAUAAUAUAUUGACAGAAGGAAAGGUAUUUUACAUGUGUUCUGCUGAAGACACAACAUGGUAAUAUGCUUUCUUUAGUGGCUGCACAGCUGCAUCGUCUGUUGUUCAGUGUCUUCACUACAUUUGACAGAGCCUAACGUAGACCUGAAAAAAGAUGCACCAUGUUGCAUGACUGCUUGGAGUGUGGCUGCUCUUCCUCUUAUUCACAUGAAUUUGAAACAUAUAGUUGAUGGUACACUGAUGAUAGAAAAGUUCUAAAAUAAUAGAGAAAAGAGGUCUAUGCACUUUGACCUAGACAAACAAGCCUCCGUUUUUUGUUUUUAAUCUUUUGACUUUCACUCAUUACAGCCAAGUUCUACAUGUUCUAAACAUCUUGCCAAAGAGAAUGCUUCUUUUCAUAAUUUAUUUGUGGCAUGAGGAGGAAUAAUUAAACAUCAAAGUUUAUACUUUAAGUACCUUCCUGCUUAUUCUGUUACAUUGUGUGAUGCUAUGAAAAUGGUUUCACACAUUUUCUUUUGAGGAUGUUGAUACCCAGUUUUCAGUGUUACAGCUCAGGUCCGUAUUUUUUAUUUUUUUUAUUAUUAUUAUUUUUUUUUUAGUAUGACCUAAACAGAUCAAAGUCAAGGUAUAAACUGGGCUUGUUACCUUGAUGUCAGCAAAUAGCCCAGUGCUUAUUGGUGAAUUGGGGGUGUUUGGAUCGAAAGGGCUCAACAUCAAGCUCAAAUGGGUCUAUAGAAAAUCUUUAUAUCAAUAUGCUUGUGCCUGCAGAACCUUGUAUUUUACCUUUCCUUGCUGUCUAUUGAUGAACAAGCGAUGACAUUUUUUGAAAGUGUAAAUGUAAGUGUAAGUUCAUUUUUGACUUUAAGUCCUUAAAAUCCAUCCAAGUGCUGCUAUUCAUGAGCUUGGAUGGCAUUUUGCUGUAUAUUUGCCUAUGUUUGCAUCCUGUGACCAGCAUGAAAGGAGAGCUGGCCACAUUGACAAAGAACCCAAGCCAGACUUUGACUUGAGCAUCAUAUCAGGAUAAGGCAAAAACAUAGAUCAACCUUAAUGUCCUUAAAAAUGACAAAAACCUAAAAAUUGAAGUACCUGAACUCUAAAUGUGCACAUGGUAAAGCUAGUUUUAUCUUCAGUAGAUUUUAAAGUAUAAACUCAAUCAAUUAAAUAGAUUCAUGUUAAUGCUUAAUCUCAACAUGAUUAACUUAAUUCCAGUAGCUUUUUUUUCACUUCCCACUACCACUGAAACACAGUACAGUACUUUACUGUGAGUGACAACAUCAUUUCUGUUAUAAAAAAAGAAAGAAAUAGUAAUAUAAGCAGACAGGGAUUCAUCUGCUACAACAUGAUAUUCCUUUCUAAUAUGGAAAUUUACACGGAGAGUACCUCUGGAGCUGAGGUACACCCUUUGAGAUUAGAUAAUAUUUUUUAAAGUACAGGUCCUAAUAAGCUAAAAUACGUUGACUGUUUGAACUUUAUUUUGACUUAGGUGGGCAGCUUUUUAAAUUCUCAUGUAGGAAGUCAUAUUUCCCACGAGAUGCUGAUGCUUAUAUGAAGAGGUGUCAGAGCUAAUUGUCAAGUGUAUAUCUGAACAGAAACAAGUCAGAAGUUAAUAUUUGAUACCUCAUGUCUGUUUUGGGGUCUUUGUCUCAGUGCAGGUGUCAUAUCUGUUUCACAGAUUUGAGAUUUAGUGAAAUGAAGAAGGGGAAAAAAGGAAAAAUAAUUUAAAAAAGAGUUUCAAUUGUUUUUUUUUCUAGUUUUAGUAGCCAAUUCUUGGAAUGCCUUUGUGCUUGAAAAGCACAGGAUUGGUUUGGUGUGUCUGUUGUAUGAUCUAGUGAAGAGUUGUUUUAUUUUCAUAUAAAUGGCAAAGUAUAUAUAAACCUGGGUACAAAGCACAGUUUAUUUUAAAAAUUACAUGAAAUGUAAUAAUUUAAUUAACUCAUUAGUGAAAUGUGAUUCAACAUUGAUUGUCACAGAAUUAGGAAAAUUGUCUCAUCUACCCUAGAUAUUGGUUAUGUCAAUGACUGGCUGAGGCCAAGAUAUUGACAUAAAGACAAAGUAUUAUGUUGGAGGUGGAAUGUGACAUUGUUUAAAAUUAUGAUGGAUAUUUGUUUUGAAAAUUCCAAAAUCAACAGCACUUUAAAUAAAAGCUGCACUUUUGUUCUGCUGCUUUGUAAUCAGUUGACAUAGAGGAACCAUCUCUAGCUAUGCCUUUGGUGUAAAGUGACAAUCAUAGUUCUCUGCUUGUAGAAUCUGAUGAUGUGUGCUUCAAAACUCCUGUCAUUGUCUGUGUUGGUUUUUGACAGCUUCUUAUUGAGGCUCUCAAUAGUUUAACAUCUAUAUGUGUAUAUUCAUGCAAAUGCUAUAUUAAAUUUUCAUUAUCAUAUGUACCGAGACUCUAGAAUCUCACAGAAUAAUGUGAAAUCAAAUGUUCAUGUCAGGAAUAUUCUGUUAUGUUGACAUGAACAAUGUGAAGAUAACUGUACUUGAACAUGAAACUACUGGUGAAAAAAUGUCAAAUAUGGCAUUAUUUGAAUAAUAAUUGACACAUAACAAAAUAUUUUAAGCUGUAUUCUCUUGCGACUACACCUAGUCACUUGAAAAGAGAAAGGUUUGGAAUUCAAAAAGGCUUAUGUUAAACUGUGCUGUAGUCUAUAUUAAUCUGUGCAUAGUUCUACAUAAACUAUGCUACCACCCUCCCACCCAAUGGCACUGUGUUACAGUCACUAACAUAUAAAGCAAAUUCUGUGUUUAACAUUAGACAUCUGCUAAAAUAGCAAAGGUAUGAAUUGGUGUUAAAGAUUAGAUGGAUCUACAAAGAGAGAGGUUUUUAGUUCUGCUGUAUAGUUUUCCAUUUUCUUUUCCAUUUUUCCUACAGUUAGUUCCAGAGAGCAUAGUUCUGUUCAGAAAACAUAAUAAUAAUAUUAAUAAUAAUAAAUAAAAUAAAUUUAUUAUAAAUAAUAAUAAUAAAAAUGGGAAAACAAAAUGGUUAUUAAGUUUAACUAAACUUAGCUUUUAAUUUGUAACAGUGCAUCCAACUUUUGAGACACACAAAAAAAGAAAACACAGAAGGCCCACACAAACUUUCAAAAACUUCCUGAGAUCAAUUUGCCAGUUUGCUGACAAAGACCAUGGUAAUACAUGAAAUUCACUACCUUAAAUUUGCAUGAAUUUGAUUUGUUUGCUUCCUAGGUAAAGGGUGGAAUUUUCUUGUUUAAAUUAUGUGUUGUCAAGCUUGCUCUGAACAUCAUAUAUGUCAGAAUCACAAUCACAGAAGUAUGAAAGCACAAGAAGCAUCUUAUGCAGCCAUAUUUGACCACUUUGAGUACUCAGAGUAAAAAGCACUACAUAAGUAGAAAUCUGUUUAUCAUUUAUUAUAUGUUCUCUUUAGUAUUAUUCAGGGGCUUUACAUAGAAAAUCAGUCAAAAAACAAAAUAAAUGACUGUUUAAGUUAUAGUCAGGGGUGCACAUAAGUGGUCCGCAGGUGCGCAUUCGCUGUCAAAAUAAAAGAUCCGCACCAGAUAAGAAGUUGCAACGUGCGUUUGUGUACAUAUAAAAGGCACUGUUUUUGUCCGCUAGAGUGGGAUUUUCACGGCAUAUUCUGCACCACAUCUCUGUGCGUUCAUCAUUUGUUUGAAGGCAGCUCACCUCCUGCAACCACUUUUCCGAGAAUACGCGCUUCUUUUGCGGUUCGGACUCCUUCUGACAUUUCUUUGGAGGUGGAGGAACACCAAAGUAAUUGCUUAAAGGAGCUUGCUUCUUCAACAUCUUUAAGAGUUCUAAACAAAUGUCUGUCCUCCCACAGAAAAUCUUAUGUACGCAAACGCGCGUUGCAACUUCUUAUCUGGUGCGCGUCUUUUAUUUUGACAGCGAAUGCGCACCUGCGGACCACUUAUGUGCACCCCUGGUUAUAAUUGGAAGUACAUUGGGUGAGUCCAAACAUUUACCAAUUAGCUGUACUUUUUUUCUCCAUAAUGUUUGAGCCCUCAUAACUUCAUAAUUACAGGAUUUUGCAACAUGAAAUUUUCAUUUGGGUCCUGGUAAAAACAUUAAUCAAUGUUUCAUUCACUGCAAGUGUCACAAUUUACAAACAAAUGAACAAAGUGGUGCUUUUGUUCAGCAUGAUUUUGUUUUUAAAAUUAAAUUUAAGCAAUUUCAUCAGUGUCAUGGGGUACAUUGUAGUUUCAAGAGAAAAAAACCCUUCAGUUUAAUGUCUACUAAACGUUAAUAUUUUCCAAAAAUGCACUUUUUCGAGGGUCAUAUAAUCAUUUGGGAUAGGUGGUGGUCAAGAAUGAUAUAGUAUCUGAAAAGUCUCUUUUACCUACAUUUUUAUACCAAAAAUUCCUGUUGCUAUCGCUUGUAUUUAUGAAGUUAUGAGGGCUAAAAAAAAAAAUUCUGGACAAACUUAUGCACUUUGAGAGCCUGCAACUUUGACAGUUUUCAUAGUAUGAGGGUAAAAUUUUGCAUGCCUUAAGUCAUCUCAUUUAUUGUAUAAAAAAUCCAGCUGAUUAUGGUGGGAAGCACUGCUUUAUUUAUUUUUUUUAUGUAUAUAUAUUUUUUAACCCACAUGCCGACUACUGGUAUGGUUCUUUAUAGCAGAGGAGACUAUCUCAACAUCCAUGGACAGUAAAAGAAAAGAUAAGGCUAUAGGCUGAGGGCUACAGGUUGUUGGACUUUAAUUAAUAGCUUGAUUAAAAAUAAAUCUGGACUGUUAACUGGAGCUAAUGUUUCCAACCCUGGCGCCUUAAAGCAUCUUCACAGUUUCACUGUAUCUUCUGAUUUUUAUUCCUGUACUUUGUUUUAGCAGAAGGCAAUGAUUCAGUAUAGUCAUCUGAAAACUACUGGGAUCACUGCUAUAAAUUUGAAUAAUAUAUUCAUAUCCAUCAUAAUUUACCAUACUAUUUUUUUUUUUUUUUUUAAGAAACAGAGAUAGAACUCGAACUGUAUGUGUUUAUAUGGUUGUGCUUGUGCAGGCAGAGUGAUGUGAAUGUACAUGUACUGAAGAAGACCUGCUGCUGUUGUUUGUAGUUUUCAUCAUCAGAGUUUUGAAGUGGGAAAUGUAGGGAUAUAAGUGUUUGCUAAUCUUUUAAAAAUUGAGUGGAUACCGAAAAUGUGCAAGUGUGUAAAUUUAUAUUCAUGUAAUGUAAUACAUUGGUGUGUCCUAUAUUCAUGUUACCUAACACUUAAAAAAAACAAGGAAGUUUUGUACUUUAGCACUUUCUUUGAUGUGUACUGUAAAAAAAUCAUCUACAUGUAAAGUACUGUAUUAAUAAUCAUUACUUGCCUUGUAAUGUUUGAAAUGAUGCUACAUUUAGAAAUGGUAAUCAUGUUUUUAGAGUGUAUGCAUGUCCAUGGUUGGGUCCCAGUAUAAUAGGAAAAUUAUAAGAAAUAUGGUGCUACGUUAUAUUAUAUAAAGGUGCUUCUAUGGACCCCCAGCUGAAUGCAUGCAAAGGUGAACUAUAAAAAGUAGAUAAAAGAAAAUUGAUGUCCUAUUGCUGUUCUCAAAUAGUGCUGCUUCCCAAAGAUGUCAGAAAUUUGUAAAAAUCCAACUUUCUACUUUUAAAAUGCAACAGCCCUACAAAACACAAUCCAAUCUCAUGUUUACAUACAGAAAUGUGACAGCUUUUCAAUGUUCUCUGCAAACAUGAGCACACAGUGUUACUUCCACUCCUCCAAACCCAUAGAGUGUUAGAUAAUUAGGGUGUGGCAUUUUAACUUGGACAGAGAAAGUUUCAAUGUUGCCCAUGUUCUUCCCUAUUUUUUUUCCUCCAAACUUAAUCACCAGAAAGCCUGGAGUGUAGGAAAAUUUCAACUUUUUAAUGCAUAGUAUUUCUGAAAUGUGACGUAUGUGCAUCACCUGCAUCAGGAACACAUAUCUUAGGUUAUCAUAAAUGGUGCAGUUUAACUGUAAAUAAUAAAACCACCCUCCAGCCCUUGGAUAAACCAGAACCAGAGUCAGUCUGAUGAAGGUGUUGUUAUCCAAGAGUAUCUUGAACUUAGAGGCACUCCAUUGUUAGAUGGUCUAUGUUUUUCUUUUCUUUUCUUUUCGUUUUUUUUUUUUUAACAAAAAAUCAGUCAUGUCUAUUUACAGUUACACUGCCCUUGUGACAAAGUCUAAAAGAUCUACAGACAGACAAUCUAACAUAAUUUUGUAGUCUUAUUUCUUCCAGUGUUUAUUUAUUGAAUAAUUUUUCAUGUAGCAGUUUUUGGACAGCAAACAUCAAUAUAGUCUUUGACAGGUCAAAGUUGUUUGAGUUUGGAAACCUUUGUGUUGAUUGUUGCUGGCAAGGAACUUGGAAAAUUAAAAAGUUGUACUGAUUAUUGUUGUUGUUGUUUUUUUUUUCAUUAAAAGAUUUUA